GAUUCACUGUAGGCUACUGAGGCGGCAUCAGUUUGAGCAAGGCAUUUCUCUUUACCCCGACAAACCUUCAGGGGGCUUUUAGCAUUUGUUCAGUCUGCAGUCUCUGGAAAACAUCUGAUUCAUUUUUUUAACCAGUCCCAGAUGCGGCAGCGUGAGAGUGUGUGAGCAUGAGCGCGUCAGUGUGAGUUUGUCAGUGCAUGAGUAUUUGGGAAGAAUAUCUGCCGUCUAUAGAGAAGGGGAGGGAGAGAAGAACCGUGAGGAUUUUUAAAAAAUAUAUAACUUUUUAGGUAUGAACGCAGCGUGCGUCUCAUAUUGCGAUAUGACAUCGAUGGAUUCAUAUUAUAGCGCGUCCACUCCGCAGAGUAGGGAUCACCAGGCGAACCCGUUCAGGACUUUCCCGAGCUCUGAAACCAAAUACAGCCCAACGUUCAUUCCGGGGAAAGGACAGGCUUACGGAGAGAAGUCCCGCAGUCCUUUCCAGCCGGAGUGCCAGUCACUGGACGGCGCAGAGGAGGGCACCUUCAACAAAUACCAGCUCUUCCUGCAGAGACCGACCUGCAAAACUCCGCCCGAAGGAAACAAGUUGCACCCGGACAGCGGACACAACGGAAGCCUCGUACCCUGCUAUGGAAAAGACAACAGUGGCCUGACAGAUUCUGAUUUACCCCCGAACGUCGACCCUCCCGGGAUGGAGGGCAGCUACCUGAACCUGAAAGCACCAGGCGAGAAGGGGCUGAACGAGCGGCCGGGCUCUGACUUUUCCAGCCCUAUGGACAAAAGUGAGGCAGAAAGCAACAAAGGCAAGAAGAGACGCAAUCGCACCACAUUCACCAGCUACCAGCUGGAGGAGCUGGAGAAGGUUUUCCAGAAGACACACUACCCAGAUGUGUAUGCCCGCGAGCAGCUGGCACUGAGGACAGACCUGACGGAGGCUCGUGUGCAGGUGUGGUUUCAAAACCGCAGAGCCAAGUGGAGGAAGAGGGAGCGCUACGGUCAAAUGCAGCAGGUCCGGACUCACUUCUCUACUGCUUACGAGCUGCCUCUACUGACUCGGCCCGAAAACUACGCUCAGAUCCAAAACCCUUCGUGGAUCGGGAGCAGCAGUGGGGCAUCUCCAGUGCCGGGUUGCGUCGUGCCUUGUGACACCGUCCCGUCCUGCAUGCCGCCUCACCCUCACGGCCCCGGAAGCGUCUCUGACUUCCUGGGCGUGCCGAGUCCAGGCAGCAGCCACAUGGGACAGACGCAUAUGGGCAGCCUUUUUGGUGGUCCCGGGAUGAGUGGGGGAAUCAAUGGCUACGAUCUUAAUCUUGAUCCAGACCGCAAGUCUUCCAGCAUAGCUGCGCUGCGUAUGAAGGCCAAGGAACACAGUGCAGCCAUCUCUUGGGCUACAUGAUGUGUCAACCCAAGUCCACCCAGACCCCAUUGGCCUUCUUCUCUGGAGCAGCCAUCAGCGUGGGGGAGGAGGGAGUUUUCCUGAGAGCACUAAAAUGAUAACACAGGUCAAAUGAACAGGGGGGAGACUGUGGAGAUAACAGAGGCCAUUACAGCGGCCAACACAACCAAGAUAACAACUGUGACAGUCAGCAGAUGUGAAGUGAGAGUAAUCCUGAGGUGUGACGAAGAAGAUGUUACCGAGACUUUGUGUUCAUUCUUGACUCCUUGAUUUCUCAGGUCUCAUUGAAAUAUGGGGUUUAGUCCCUGAUAAACUGGCUAUCAUUCACGAUAGAUAUAUAGGUUUCAGUAGAAUAAGCAAUCUAAUAAAUAUGGUUUACAGGACUUGUUCAUAAAAAUACAAAAAUUCAGUGCCAAAGAAAGCCAUAAUGCAGUAUUUAAAAAUCACACAAGCUUGAUUUAAAACAUGUAGUCCUUUAUUUUAUACCACCCAUCCUGCCCCGCUCAUUUUGUUAGUUAUACUUUAUAAUUAUUUGUAGAAAUGAGUUCAAGUGCAUAGCUGAACUUUAGUUUUUAAAAGCCCUUCAAAAAGUCCAAGCUCAGACCAAAACUAAUAAGCUGAGAGUUUCUUUUCUGUGACUUGCCAUUGCAUCCAAAAAUUGGUUAAUAAGAAGCUUUAAAAGUUGUCUAAGGCUCCACUGGGUAGUUUAUUUGCCUGUAAAGAAGGACAGAGGUUGAAUGCAGUAAGUGAACAGAGACUAACUGAGUGAGAGCAGACAUGGCCUGUGCCAAUUUAUUCUAGGAGGAGGGCAGGCACUGGAUUGGCAGCAGUUUCAAACCAACGUGUCAUUUCCUCCCCAGGGCUGCCUCCACAGGUUCCCCUGCUAGGCUCAGGCCUCAGGUUACAGGAAACACCGUCUCCACUGGCAGACAAGGCACAGCAACGCACAGCAGCAGCCUUCAACACCAACUAGCUCAGCCAGCUUCAAUCAGCCACCAACAGAAUAGACACACUUAAUUAGCCUCAAAGUAAGCGGUAGUACAUCACAGUGAGGACACACUGCACACAAAGUUCAAAACGCUGUAACAAUCAAGUCAUGCUUAGACGAGGGCUCAGCAGAGAUGACUCUUGGAUUUGUGGCUCGCUCACAGAUUCGUCACAUGCCAGAGACUGCAGGUCUGCAUCAGCAGCGUUCUGCCAUGUUUAGGUAAUGUGAUGACUUUAGAACUGGGCUGCAGGAAUGUGUUGAAUAUGUCCCGUGAUUGCAUGGGUGUCUCUGUGCGUUACUCUGCAGGAAUAAGUUUGUGACCAGAGCUGGGUUGCAGGCUGAGGCUAGAGACGGGAUUCAUUAGUCUUUUGGCUGAUCUCUGUGUGACGCCCGCUUGGCUACAUAUCUGUUUCCGUUCCCCAGCAGCAUGAUGGCAAGAGAGUCUGUUUCUGCUCCUCAAAAGGUUGUUGAUCAUUUGUGCCCUUCUGCAUGAAAGUAGGAUUGCAUUUAAUGACUAUUAUUAGUAUAGAUUAAAUGUGUGUAUUUCCACCAUUGAUAGUUUGGUCUAUAAACUGCCAGAUAAACAGUGAAUAAUUACAUUUUAUCCAAGAGGGGACAUCUUCAAAUGUAUUGUUUUGUUGCACCAAUCCUCAAAAUAUGCUGUUUACCUUAAAAAAAUUUUUAAAAAGCAGCCGAAAUAAAAGGUUGGACAAGAGAAUUUGCGCAUUUUUGCUUGUAAGAUUAUUUAAAAUUAUUAUAAAUAUUGUUGUUUAUACAUUUUCCGUCUACCCUUUAUUGCAGCUCUACAGUUCCUCAUUUUUUUCAUAGGAAUAAUUCUGCUUUUUAAAUAACUUAUAUCAUCCAGUGUUAAAAUGAAUUGUUGUUGCCUUCAAUUCAAGUUGUUUUCUGUCAACAGUAAGUAAAUAAGGUCACAGAUAACAUGAUAGUUAUCAUAACAUGAGUGUUCAUGCAGUUAAUAUAAUUUCCAGAGAGGGUUUAUUAAAAGGAAAAGACAAAGGCCAUUAAAAAUAAACCUUUGUUUGAUGUGACGACUCAAAAUCAAAUACAAUAUCAGAGAGAUGUUUAAGAUAAAAACAGGAUGUGGUCAAAAUAAAUGAUUGCAUCACUACGUGUGGGUGACUGAAUUCCUACUUUGUGGAGUUGAGUUCGUCUCCUCGCUGGCUGGCCCUCAGCGCUCCACUCCUCUGCAGCUCCGUCCGUGUUGAUACUACUGAAAUAAAGCAAUUGAAAUCCAUAGUUAUAAUGUUGUGUGAAUGUGAACAAUAUAAAUGAUAUUGUUCUUUUGCGUGUACAUUUGUUUUGCUUAUUUGUCAAAUAAUGGACCUCCAGAGAUAAACCAUUGAAGUAUUACAGUAAUGUUGCCAAGAAAUGUAAAAAUAUGUUUUGUGUGUUAAUCUUAAGAGUUGCUCUGGACUUUUACCGAGGUUGAUAUAGCUUUCUAAUUUUCUUAUGGCUUUAAGUAGCUUUUUGUAUAUUAAUCAAGUAUUUCCACUUCUGAUUGUGACUUUAUAUAAUGUGCCAUUGCAAUAAGUUAUUGCACUUACAGUGUUUUUUCAUUUUUGACUUCUACUGAGACAGUUGUCCUAACAGUCAAGAGCUGUCUCUUAAACCCGUCCUUAUUUUUAGCACCAUGAACAGUUUCACUAACAUCUGUUCAAUGUGCCCGACGUGUGUCUGUACAGAAGUAACUUGCUGUUUCUGUUGAUUAUGGUUUUAAAUACAUUUUCAAAUAAAUGAAUCCCCAAUGUU